AUGCCAACUGGGUGCCACGCUAGAACAAUUGACCUGGGGAAAAAGCUGUCAUCCUUUUUGACAGCUCCACCCAUCCAUAAUACAAAGGUUAUGGAUGAACUCACCACUUCUGAACUUAAUCGCUUGAUACUUCAAGAGCCUCCAUUCAUGAAUAGGGACGAGCUCAGCCAUGCCUUAGCGCUAAUCUUCCAGUCAUGCACCACCAAAAUUCCCAAAGUGAAGGAUCUCAUGGUUCCAUUGAGCAAGAUACCACCCAGUGCUCGGCUUGAUGAUCUGGAAGUUUUCACUCCAGAGCCAGACAGACCUACCAUGGUACGGCUAUAUGACAUCAAAAAGUGUCAAUGGAAUUGGCCCCUUCCAAUGACAUAUGAACUCAAACGCAAGCAUCCAACUACAAAACAAAGUAAGCAGGGAGGGAAGAGUGGCACAGAAGACUCAGAGAAGUCAGGAGAAUGGGUAUUGAUCGAUGAAACAACCAAAACCAAGUUGGCCUCUGGGAGCCUAGAUGCACCGUCGCUGGCAUCUACCAGUGAAGCUAGCAAGAGCAUGCUGCCAUUUGCCGAUGCAGAGCUAUUAACUGAUGAAUCAGAGUCAGAUGAUAGGACAGAUGACUUGGAGGGCUCACUUCCCUCAUAUGCAGUCCUGGAGGAGGGUUCACCAAUGACAGAACAUAUUUUCACGUCAUUCUUUAACAUUGUUGCUAUCGCCCUCCUUGCAUUAAAGCCCGAUCUUGCUCAUCCACACAACUUAUCAUACACCUGGAGUGCGGCAAAUUCAUCACGUCCAGUACCUGGUGAUGAAGUCCCAUGCAAACCAGAUCUCAUCCUACUAGAUGAUGUUGAAGCCAGGUGGGAUACAAUCAAAGCAGUAUGCGAGUUGACCUGCAGCACCUACAAACCUUCGAGUACCCUUGCAAAGACUCUCAAUACUAAAGCAUACCUUCUCCUGAAGCACCAACCCUGGAGACAGUUUGCAUUGAUGGUGUCUGUUUGCAAUGGGUAUCAUGAUCUUCGCAUUCACCUGUAUGACCACUCCAGUGAUGUUAUGCUGAGAUCAUGCGCUACUUUCAUCCUUCACCAGAAUGAAACUUCACCCCACCGUACCCAGAGCGAAAGCUCAUCCCACUCCUCCCCCUCCCAGGCCAGUACCUGUACCCUCCCUCACCAGAUGGACUUGGAGAUGGAGACUGCUGAGGAUAAAUCCACCGAAGAAGAUGAAGCUAACACACCUGCUAAAGAAGACAAAGACAAAGACAAAGACAAAGUUGAUAAAUGCUUGAUCGAGCUUCCAAUAGAGAUCCCUAAUGAUCCUCUCCUUGAACCUCUGCCAGAGCCGAUCAGGAAGAUAUGGGUCAACGACCACUAUUAUGAUAUCUUGGAAAUCAUUUUUUCCAGGCAGGGUCUUGUGGGGCAUGGUACUGUGUGCUAUCUUGCAAAGAUGGAUGGGCAGGAUUACAUCAUAAAGGACUAUUAG